GAAAGAGCCAAGAAGCCAUGGAAUUUAGGUAUGCUACAGAUCAGGUCUAGUGAAUUAGGUUGAUUUGAAGUAGUUCACUUUAGAAAAAAUGCAAUUUGCCUCGAGAAAUCUUUUUCUUGAAAACCUGACACAUGGGUUGGUAGAGAUGAAACAAAGAGGGGGACGGAGAUGCGUGGGCUCCACUCCUGGAGCUUAUUAUAUAUAGAAAAGAUAUUGGAGUGAAUCAAAAACAAAUGUUGAAUUGCUAGGAAAAGUAUUUUAGGGAGAUUGAGUGAUGAUAAUUAGAGUUUCAAGAUGGGGUUUAUGAGCAUAUUGCCAUGAAGCAAGCAAUGUUUCUGAGCACAAAGAAUUAUCUAAAGCCAAUUUCAUUUGCUAUCAGUUGUUCUUACAUAUCGUCUCGAGGAAAGACAAAAAAGAGUAAUGUUAAUGGAUGUGAUGCAAUAGAAAAAAGUAUAAUAAUCUAGAAUUUAACUUAAAAAAGUUAAUUAAAUGGUGUUAUUUAUAUUUUUUUAGUUCUAUAUAAAUAUCAAGAUCUUUUAAGCACAUAAUUGAUAUAAGACUAAAUACACAUUCAUGUAGGUACUUACAAAAAAUUAAAUUAAAUCCAUCUUCAACUUGCCCUUUCUGGCGUGUGUAACGCUUUUGGACGCCCAAGGUUUCUCCCACCCCAAGCAACACUAGAUCACCAGGCCCCUUUACCCAGGACCAAUCCAAAAUUGAUGUGCUCCAGUUAAUGGCCUAGAAUUAAUGCUCCCGGUCGUCCAUUUGAUAAUUCUCCAAAUCCACCCAACCAUCACCUGCCAGGUGUUCUAUUGGUGGCGGCCUGCCGGCCUGGACCGGAGCACUGCGCUAGUCAAUUUCUCAACCGGCAACUCUCUAGAGGAACAAGAAAUAUUAAACAUCUCUCGUCACUCAUCACCUGCUUUGAACGAAUCAACAUACCCUUUUCUUUCUUCGUCCCUAAAUCCUAUCUCUUUCCAAUUGAUUAAGAUUCCCCAACAAUUGACUAGGAUUCUCCAACCCCAUCUACUCAUCUAAUCGUCUCCUCUAAAGUCUUAAUAACUUUCUUCCCAUGCCGAGGUUCCCAACAUUCAGUAAGAGAACCCGGCCAGGAUGUCCCCUUCAUACUCUCUCCUCUCACCCAUCCUUCUCCUCAUGCUUUCCUUGCUUUCCAAAGCCGAUAGCAGCACUCUAUUCAAGGAGUGCGCUCCCGCUACUUCAUACGACUGCGGACGCAAUCGUUACAACAUCACCUUCCCGUUCCGGCCACUUGACGGGCCCGAGUCCUGCGGCUUUCCAGGGUUCGAGCUCGCUUGCAACAAGGAUCGAUCCAUUCUGACAAUUAACAUAAGCAAGAAGUCCUACCAGAUCAAGAGCAUCGACUACGUGAAUAGAAUCCUCACAAUCAUCGACCCGGAUCUCACGGGAGAAGGCUGUCCUCGCACCUUCACCAACACCAUCAUCAACUCCUCCCUCUUCAGCUAUGCCAGGCUCGACUUCAAUCUCUCUUUCUACUUCAACUGCACCUUGGACUCCUUUCCGGACGGCUUCUAUAAAAUCGCCUGCCCAACCGGAGGGAUUCAGCUGGAUUCAUACUAUAGUUUGCUCGAGCAGCCUCUUCAGGAGCGGUCGAACCCGCUUGGGAGGUGCAGCUCGAUUGGGAUCAUUCCUAUAAACCGGACGAUGUAUGAUUUGUUAUUGUUCGGGAAGAAUUUUGGGGAGGCGAUGCAGGAGGGAAUCAGCGUAACGUGGACGGUGGAGCAGGGAGUGUGCGAAGGUUGUCAAGGUUCCGGCGAUGUCUAUCGCAAUGCCCCGACGGUGGUCGGCAACUGUCCUGACGGCUGUAGGGAAAAAAAAAGCAAGUCAUGGAGGAAGAUUGCAAUAGGAGUUGGUGCAGGCGUGGGAGCCAUCAUCGUUGCAAGCUUACUCUGCCUUGCCUGGUACAAGCACAGAAAGAGGAAGCAGCGUUCGACGUCUUCAAUCCUGCUCGGUCGAACCGCCUCUUCCGAGCCAUGCUUCAAGAACGACCCUGAAUUGGGCAAAAGUGAGUACCAGACCACCAUCUUCACCUAUGAGGAACUUGAGGAGGCCACUAAUUGCUUUAGUGCCUCCAAAGAACUAGGUGAUGGAGGCUUUGGUACCGUCUACAAAGGAAAGCUCCGAGAUGGGCGUGUAGUUGCGGUCAAGCGACUGUAUGAACACAACUACAGGCGUGUGGAGCAGUUCAUGAAUGAGGUCAAAAUCCUCUCCUGCCUUCGCCACCAGAACCUUGUGUCCCUCUACGGCUGCACCUCGCGCCACAGCCGCGAACUCCUACUUGUGUAUGAGUACGUGUCCAAUGGCACCGUUUCAGAUCACCUCCAUGGCCCUCGAGCACAGGAAGGAGGCCUUACAUGGCCUAUCCGGUUGAGCAUCGCCAUCGAAACAGCUGAUGCGCUUGGCUACCUCCAUGCAGUUGAACCACAAAUUAUCCACCGGGAUGUCAAGACCAACAACAUCUUGCUUGACGACAGCUUCCAUGUGAAAGUAGCUGAUUUCGGGCUGUCACGACUCUUCCCGCUUGACGCAACCCAUGUAUCCACCGCUCCGCAGGGCACCCCUGGCUACGUUGAUCCGGAGUACCAUCAGUGCUACCAGCUCACCGACAAAAGUGAUGUCUACAGCUUUGGGGUGGUACUGGCAGAGCUCAUAUCAUCAAAACCGGCUGUCGAUACCAAUAGGACCCGUCAUGAGAUCAAUUUGGCUAACAUGGCAACAACUAAGAUCCAGAAUUGCCAGCUUGACCAGUUGGUGGAUCCAAGUCUUGGAUAUCAGACAGAUUGGGAGAUGAAGACAAUGAUCACCCUGGUGGCUGAACUUGCAUUCAGGUGCUUGCAGCUAGAGAGGGAGAUGAGACCUUCCAUUAAGGAGGCUCUAGAGGUGCUGAGAGAGAUAGAGAGUGGAGAGUACAAGACCAAGAAAGUGGUGGACACUGAUGUUCCAGCGAAGGAAGAUGCCAGCUUACUGAAAAAUAUUCUACCUUAUUCGCCGGAUGCUGUCACAGAGAGAUGGGAAAGCAGGUCGACGACGCCUAACACUAGUGGGUGAGGUACUAUUAUUCUGGAUGCUCUAAAUAGUGUGUAUUCUGUGUGGAUCAACGUAGAGAGAGCUGGAGCUGUUUUACCCUUGCAUUUUAUAAUUGACGGGAUUGUACAUGUAUAUAGAGUCUUCUUAUGCUAUAAAUAUAUCCACAUUUCAGGGAUAGAAUGUCAUGGAUUAGGCUAUUACUUUCUCUGUUCUUUAUAUUCCAGUAUCUGUUGUGUGAAAUUGAAAUAAUUAUGUUCUUUGUUGAGUACAAUUUGAUCCCUGAUGUAAGUAGCGUGACUUCCAAAACACAGGGCACUCCCAGUUUAGUCUGAUUUCUGUUGCUCUAGUGAUGUUUUGGAGUCAACCUGUAGGCAAUUCAUCUUGUUCCAACAGCUUCAGCUCUCUGGGAAACUUUAUCUUAAUAUGAGUGUAUCUUGUUUAUAGUGGAUCAAGAAACAGCAUCAUUAUCUUAUAGGUCAUAAUAUAUAGGAAAUGUGAAAUACAGAUAAUGUUAUCCACAAACAAUGUGAUGUUUUGGUUGACAUUUCGCCAAUAUCUGUAAAACAGGUUUUAGAUAACAUUUCCCUUUUGAUGACAAAGGACUGUAAUGCAGCUAUUGAACAAAUGAUACUUUACCAUGU